AUGUCAACCCACUAUGCUUGUCCUUACUUACCUACUUGCAGUGAUCUCAAAUAUAGCAAGAACCCUUGUGAUCAACACUGUUGCCUGAAUGAAUCCAGCGUGAAAAGCCAUACCUUGAACCCCAAAAUCCACACUAAUUGUAACCCUGAUUGUCCGGCAUAUGGAGCCAAUGACAUGUUGGACAGCAUGCGGAGAAUGCUCCGAGUAAUUGCGUUGUUUUUUGAAUCUUAUGUGUUUGGAGAAGAGUUUUUUGAAUCCUAUGUGUUUUUUUUAUGGGUGUCCUGGGGAGAGCAGGAGGGACCUUCUGGGUUCUGGUUCUUGAUGGUAGAUUGGAAGAUGAGGAAUGUACAAGGUGUGGAUCUCAAACAAACUCCAAGUUCGAAGUUUGUGACAUCUCAUAACAGUUUUAAGAAGAUGUUAGAUGGCUGGACCAUGAUGAUUGUUUAA